CCGUCCAUUCCGCCCCAACCUGGAAAGAGAUCGUGUUCUCCACACAACCCCUUCAAAAACCGGCGGCUCCGCCUCAUCCCCCCACCUACCUCGCAGCCUCCAGGAAAGAAGAACAGAAGAGAGAAGGGCGAAAUCGAAUAAUCCGGUAAAAGAGAUGGCGUCUUCUAUGGUGAGCACGGUGGGAGCUCGCUUCUCGUACGCCCCGACCGCGGAAGGGCUGAAACAGAGGCGGAUGCAGGCGGUCUCUAUUCGGCGCCGCACCGUCGCGGUGAGGGCGGAGGGGGGCAUCAACCCGGAGAUCCGAAAGGUGGAGGAGAAGGUCGUGGAUUCCGUCGCCGUCGCCGAGCUCUCCAAACCCGUCACCGCCUAUUGCCGGUGUUGGAGGUCGGGGACGUUCCCGCUGUGCGACGGGAGCCAUGUGAAGCACAACAAGGCUACGGGUGACAACGUGGGGCCUUUGCUGCUCAAGAAGUGAAGUGAAAUUUGGACUUUAAUUCAACAUAUUAUUUUCUUUAAUAAUUGUUCUUCUUAUGAUUUUAUGGAUAUUGCUUGUCUCCUGAUGAAUGGAGCCUAUAUAAUUGUAUGUAUACAUGAUCUUGGUCAGCUGGGAAUGAUCCUCCGAGAAGAGCACAAUUUGGACACAGGAUGAUUGGAAAUAUUUAUUUUUAUUUCAUUUCACAAAAAGAAACUAGCGGUAUGUAAAGGAUGAAGAGGCCAGUCUCAUAGACACAAGUUUGGAAUCCAGGUAGAGCCAAAUAUUUGUAAUUCAUAAAAAAAUUUAUUGGCUUGGGAGCGAAUUUGGUACA